AUGUCUUUGGACAUCUGGCCUCCCGUGUCCCCAGAGGAGCUCACCAUAAAGGUUGCCGAAACCCAGAGGCGCGAGCUGGCCUGGAUCGUCGAAAGGACCCUUGAGAUAUGCGAGGAGCUCAAGCAUGGCCUGGAGGACUGCUACGCCCUGCUGGCGCCGGUCGAUCCCGGGAGCACGCUGGUGAUGAGCACGCCGCGCAACGAGCGGGUUAAGGGCACCAUCACACGGGUCGGCACGCGCAUCGUCAAGGGGCUUUACUUGCGACAUACAAAGACCCUCGGCCUCCAGUUCCGAACCAUCCCCCCACAAGCAAUCACCCUCUCGCAAUCCGUCCCCAUCCACAUCCACGCCCUCGACACCGUCCACACCCAUCUCAACGAAUCAAUCGACCUCCUCGGCCUCCUCCUCUCCAACAGCAAGCCUUCCACCCCCGACGCCGAAGCCCCCACCUCCACCACCGUCAACAACAUGGCGCAAUCCCUCUCCUCGGGCCUCCGCCUCCUCGCCGACUCCAUCUCCGACUCCAUCGCCCUCCUCAAGGGCCCGCCCAUCAACGAGCCCGACACGAGCUGGACCACGCGGUCCUGCCCGCCGGGGCACUUUUCGCCGCCCCUCAUGCCCAACUUUAGCCUCUACAUCACCCUCCAGGAGUGCAGCAUCGUCCUCGUCCUGCGCGCCCUCGAGCCCGUAGACGCGCCUGUCCAUUUCGGCACGAAGCUCGGUCUCGCUAUCGGCACGUACCGACGCCUCGAGCACGACGAGGCGGACAUCGCCUUCAAGUGGAAGCCCGGCGGGGACGAGCUGUCCGACACCAAGCGCGUGUCCGCGAACCACACCGUGGAGCCGCCGGCGGCGUCCAGGAAGCUCUCGGAUAGCCAGCUGGAGGAGGUGUACGUGCGGGAAAAGGUGCGGGUGGAGAGCGCGGACCCGAGUCUCAUCUCGCUGUAUUCGAAGCUGGGGUACCUCAGCAUCAUGCUGGACCAGGCGCGGUGCAACCUGGAUGCCGUAAUGAGUGUGCAGUUGAAGACGUACGCGGAGGAGUCAUGA